UCCUCCCCCUCGUAGCCGGCUUCUCCCCCCGCCCCGUCUCUCCCCCACUGGUGUAAGCUGUUUGUUUGGGGGGUGGCCGAAGGGGAUGUCCUCUUUUCACCAGAGGCACAGCGUUCAGGGGAAACUUCAACACUGGAAGGCACGAGAAUAAGUACCUAAAUACGCACGCACGGAUCCGCUGCUGGGGGAGACGCUUGAACUUUGGGAUCCCGAGACGGGCCGGGCGGCAGGAGAUAGUCCAUUUUUAAUUGAAGGAAGCUGCUUCUACUCGGGAGUGGCGGGAGAAGUAAGAAAACCACAUGGAAGACUCCCAGGAUUUAAAUGAACAAUCAGUAAAGAAAACGUGCACAGAAUCAGAUGUUCCAGAACCCCAGAAUUCCAGGUCUAUGGAAAUGCAGGACCUAGCAAGUCCUCAUCCUCUUGUUGGAGGUGGCGAUACUCCUGGUAGCUCCAAACUGGAGAAAGCUAAUCUCAGCAGCACAUCGGUCACCACAAAUGGGACAGGAGGGGACAACAUGACUGUUUUAAACACUGCAGACUGGUUGCUGAGUUGCAACACCCCCUCAUCCGCAACAAUGUCUCUCCUUGCAGUCAAAACAGAGCCUUUGAACAGCAGUGAAACCACAACCACGACUGGAGAUGGAGCGCUUGACACUUUUACUGGGUCAGUAAUAACAAGUAGUGGCUAUAGCCCCAGAUCAGCGCAUCAAUAUUCCCCACAGCUGUAUCCUUCCAAGCCCUAUCCACACAUUCUUUCUACACCAGCAGCUCAAACAAUGUCUGCCUAUGCAGGCCAGACUCAGUAUUCGGGGAUGCAGCAGCCAGCCGUCUACACAGCGUACUCACAGACAGGACAGCCCUAUAGCCUGCCCACUUACGAUCUGGGCGUGAUGUUACCAGGCAUCAAGACAGAGGGCGGACUCUCACAAACUCAGUCGCCGUUACAGAGUGGGUGCCUCAGUUACAGUCCAGGGUUUUCUACCCCGCAGCCCGGCCAGACACCUUAUUCUUACCAGAUGCCAGGUUCUAGCUUUGCACCAUCAUCUACUAUUUAUGCAAAUAAUUCAGUUUCCAAUUCAACGAAUUUCAGUGGUUCACAACAGGAUUAUCCAUCCUAUGCAGCCUUUGGCCAAAACCAGUAUGCACAGUAUUACUCUGCAUCAACAUAUGGAGCAUAUAUGACAUCAAAUAACACAGCUGAUGGCACGUCCUCCUCGACUUCAACCUACCAGUUGCAGGAAUCUCUCACAGGACUGACUAGCCAACCAGGUACAGAUCUUCAUCCAGGAGAGUUUGAUACCGUGCAGAGCCCCUCCACACCCAUCAAAGAUCUUGAUGAGAGAACGUGCAGGAGUUCUGGGUCAAAGUCCCGAGGAAGAGGCCGGAAAAGUAAUCCCUCCCCGCCUCCGGACAGUGACCUGGAGCGUGUGUUUGUCUGGGACUUGGAUGAAACCAUCAUUGUUUUCCACUCACUGCUCACAGGAUCUUAUGCCCAGAAGUAUGGCAAGGAUCCCCCCAUGGCUGUAACCCUUGGACUCCGAAUGGAGGAGAUGAUUUUUAAUCUUGCUGAUACACAUUUAUUUUUUAAUGAUUUAGAGGAGUGUGAUCAAGUUCACAUAGAUGAUGUUUCCUCUGAUGAUAAUGGGCAAGACUUAAGUACCUACAGUUUUGCAACUGAUGGCUUCCAUGCAGCUGCAAGUAGUGCAAACCUUUGUUUGCCAACAGGUGUAAGAGGAGGGGUUGACUGGAUGAGGAAGUUGGCUUUUCGUUACAGAAGAGUAAAAGAAUUAUACAACACCUACAAGAACAAUGUGGGAGGACUUCUUGGCCCCGCCAAGAGAGAUGCAUGGCUGCAGUUGAGGGCUGAGAUUGAAGGUCUGACAGACUCUUGGCUAACAAAUGCACUUAAAUCUUUAUCAAUUAUUAGUACUAGGAGUAACUGCGUAAAUGUCUUGGUAACAACAACCCAGCUGAUCCCAGCACUUGCGAAGGUUCUACUCUAUAGUUUAGGAGGUGCUUUUCCCAUUGAGAAUAUUUACAGUGCAACUAAAAUAGGCAAGGAAAGCUGUUUUGAGCGUAUAGUGUCCAGAUUUGGCACUAACAUAACUUAUGUUGUGAUUGGAGAUGGCCGAGAUGAGGAGCAUGCCGCUAACCAGGAUGAAAUCAUAUUUGGAAUGAGAAUUCCAGAAUGAAGAAUUCAGAUUGCUGAAUGGAAUUAAACUUUAGUGCUACAGAAAGGAAGCUCUAUGGUCUUAUAUUUACAACACUUUAAUGGUUUAAAAAAAAAUCUGUGGAGGUUGCUGGUACACACCGAAUGAGUCCUAACUGGAAGUAACAGCUUUAGCAAAGAGCUCUCACCCUGGCAAAGCACCAACACAGGCUCCGUCUGACAAGGUUCAACAACAUUCCUCAAAAUGGGAGAUCUUCUCAGCCCUGAGGUUUGAAUCUGACUUUAGCCUACCUAGCCCAGAAAAUCUGAAUUGGAAUGCACUCAGACUGUGUAAGGACAGUCCUAUCUAGACCUGUAAUUUGUGUAAAUUAUUGAUGAAAGUAAUUUACUGUGACUUUAUUAGCAGCUGACUUUGAAAGUGGAUGCAAUUUUUCUUUCAUUUGUCGGGGAGGGUAGUGGGAGGGAAAAUGGGAAUCUAAUCAUGUCUCUUUUUUAAGUUUGGCAAACAGAAUGUUCAUACUGAUGUGUUGUGCCUUAAAGACAAGACAGCAUUUGUGUGUUACAAUGUAACUUUGGUUAAAAUCUCUGUAGAUAAUUAAAAACAAAAACCUUUGUGAUCAUUCUUAAGAUGACCAAAUUUAAAAUUCAAGCUAUCAAAGCUUAAUAAUGCAUCAGCAAGAAACUGAGCAUUUGUUGCAAUAAGAAAACAAUAAUAAUAAAGGAAAGCUUGUGUUUUAUUUGGGUUCUUAAUAAUUCCAAUAAUUGUAUGAGGCAACUAUUUGUGCAUCCAACCAGAAGCAGAAGGUUUGGGAAAGACUGUGGGACCUUUACUUAGAAAGUGAAAUGUAUGUUGAAACCUCAAGUACCCUUUCUACAGUUUUACUGAAGAAAACUAAGAGCCAUAUUCAUGAUGACCUAUACUAUUUGGAGUUUGACUUGUUGAUACGUCUAAGUUGUAUAGAGGAAAAUAUUCUGAUGAAAAUCAUAAGCAAAUAUCACCCAAACUUUCUUAGCAUAUGCAUGAACAUGGCUUAAAAUUCACAUUGGGUGAACAGGGCUUAAAAUAAAGCUAAGUGCAUUUAUUCCCAAUGCCAUUGCAAAAAUGAAGCGUCAUGAGUAGUGGAAGGUGAAUGCCCCAGAUGGUUUCUAAGGAAAGAAGUGAAUCAAUGAAAAUUUUACCUAGACUAUCAUCAUAAAAUAAAUUAACAAGUGAGCCAGAUCUUGGCAGCGUUACUGAAGUUACAACAGUGAAAUAGUAUCUGGUUCUCUGUCUUAACACAUCCAUCCAGUUUCUCUCCAUUACAGACCUGCGUACCUUAGUUUCUGGCUGUACCAUUACUGCACAAUGGACUUCAUUCAUUGCAAGGAGAGCCUGUCAUCGUUGUGUUUGCAUGUUUUUUUUUUUUCUUGGUGUGUAGCCCAUGUUAGGAACACGAUACAGGUUCUCCUGUCAUUUCAUAUGACAUGAUUUCCCUUGUGGAAAUUUAAAACUUCAAGAUCUAGGAGUGUUUUAAUGGUGUUUACACCUGCAGUUCUGUGUUUAAAAUGUCACAAUGCGGAACUUGCCAUCCAGCUACUAGGCAGUGCUCCUAACCAGAGGCUGGUCCAUGAUAAUCCAUCAUCUGAGGCUUCGGUGGCUCCCAAAAGAUUGGUGCUUUGUACACUGAUCACAACAUUUGCUAUGGAAAUGUGAUUUUAUUUUCCAGGCUAUAAACCUGUAUUUCUUUACUGUACACUAAGGCCAUGUUUACAUUGGGCAGAAAGAGAUUGAGACCCUAUUUGGCAGAUUUUAAGAUUGUGGUUUCAUCACAUGUAGACCUUAAUCUUAAUCUUUAAAUUUUGUAGCUUUUGGCUACCUCUGCACCAAGUACUCUUGCAGACAGAUUAAGGUUGGAAUACUUAAUAAUAAUAAUAAAUCUUACAUUUCUAUUGGCCUUUAGCUUGAAAAUAGUAGUUUUAAAAAAUUAAAGAGCUGCAUUGAUUAUCAAUACAUAAUUCUAUUUUGUGCACUAAAACCUUAACUAUUUAUUACUGUGAACAAAACAAAAUUAUCUUUACUGUAGAGCCACGUUCUUUAAAUGAUAGAAUUUUGGCAUUACAUCAAAAUUUUUCACUCUUUUUUUCAUAUCAAACAGGCAAGGCUUCUUAUGCUGCUAAACCUGCAGGUACAGAAAGGAAUACCCCUUUACAGGGCAAAGAGAAGAGUCACUGAUUACAUCAGCAGUGCUAUUUCUCACAGACCUCUUCGAUGAUGACGUGUUCCGAAGAGGCUGCCAGCCUAAAGCCUAAAUGCUAGGUUGUUGGAGAACAGCUCGUCUGGCACCACCGUGGCACAGGCCAGUGAGCACACAUCACAGUUUGUCCUGUGACUUUGAGCAUGCUCAGGCUAGAACGCUUCUCUUCCCCCGCUUAGGAACCCAAGAUCCUAUUCCUUUCUGAUCUUAAAAACAAAAGAUAAACCAACAAACAAAAAAGCCCCUUUGGAAGUUUCCAUGUUCUGUUGACAUAUAGGAUAUUGUGCCUUAUUAUAAACCAAUUUGAAAAUGUUUUGUCACGGACAUGGGUUUUUGGUUCCUAUAUGUACCAACUUGUGAUAUCACUGGGACAGGUAACCACCUCGUGUUGCACCUGAAAGAUAGCAAAACAGGUGGCCCAGCUACAAUUGUGUCACAGACACGAUUAAGUCAUUACACCCUGCAAAGAUUUGUAAAUCAAAUUCAGAGGCAAAAACAUAUUUUAGUAUCAUGCAAUUUGUGCACAAAAAGUAGAUAAUAACACUCUAAAAAUGUUUUUUCCCUUAGUCUCUGGUGAGCUAAGAUUCAAAAUAGUGUCAACAGCAUGCUCUGUAUGAAGGUUUUCUUGGGGUUUUUUUUUUUUAAUGCACAUUUGUUUAUGACAAGUCUGCAUCCUCAGUGAAUAUGGCAUUUAGUAUUUCUUUUAAAAACAAACAAGCAUCUUGAGCCAAAGUUGCAUUUUUGACUCCCAACUAUGGUAGCAUUAUGGAAAUCUAACAAAGUCAAGGGUUUCUGUUACGUAUUAGUAAAGUAUAGAUUAUUGGGGCCUACAUAAUUUAAAGAAAUGUAAAUUAAUAUUAAAAGCUUGUAAAAAUAUGUAUAUCUUUACUAUUUCUCAAUAAAUACCUUUGGAAAUGAUUUCAUUUUCUUCACCCUC